AUGGAAGAUGAAAUCAAUGCCCUCAUGAAAAUGGGCACAUGGGAUUUAGUGCCUCGUGAUGAUGCUCAAAACAUUGUUGGGUGUAAAUGGAUUUUCCGAAUUAAGCAAAAAGCUGAUGGAAAGCAAAAAGCUGAUGGAUCCCUGGAUAAGUACAGAGCUCGUCUUAUUGCUAAACGGCAACAAUCAGAGUUAUUUUAUCCAUUGUUGUUUCGCACUCUUGACGACUCCAUCAAUUGGAUGUAUCCAAUGCAUUUUUGCAUGGAGACUUGGAUACAACAGUUUUUAUGGAACAGCCCCCUGGCUUUAUUGAUCAAGAAAGGCCUGAUUAUGUUUGUAGAUUACAGCGUUAACUAUAUGGCCUGCGACAAGCUCCCCGGCAAUGUAUAA